AUGGACGUUGACGAUCAAGAGGUUGGACGACCCUGCAAAAGGAUACGCCUGCAAUCAUCGGAGCCCGACAUUGUUUAUGAUAAUUUCGGAGAUUCUCUCUUGUCAGACUACGAAUUGUUUCGUCAGCUCACGUGCGACAAUGGUUUCUCAACCAGCAUCUCAGAGCCCACAGAAGAAGACAAGGAUGAAAGAGGGUUUGACCUUGGAGGCGAGGCCCUGGUCACAGAGACAAUAACGCCAAAGACCGCAUCGUCAUACUUUAAGAACCGACAAGAGUCAGAAGCCAUGGUCAACAUACGGCAGUGUGGCAGUAUCAUAAAGCUGAGUACGGCUGACACAGGUGCAUACGCCGGCCUCGUUACAGACUUUCCGCCGGACUUGCUGCAACGCCCUUCGGUGAAGGUCAGCGCUGUGUUGACUGCACCAACGUCCCUCCGCGUCAUAAUUCUCAGCCAUAUCGAAGAAGCAGCGGAAAUUGGAACUCUCUUAUCUAAUAAUGACCUUUUCCUUCAACAUCCGUCAUCCCGGGACAUUGAAUACUUUGACCUGGAGAUGGAAUACUUCAAUCCUCAUUACCUUGUUAUUCCAGGAUCUCGUAUGCCGCAGUUGGAAGAUCUUGCUAUUGAAUACAACGACAGUGCAUCGGCUGAUUCUCUUACGCUGGAUGAACAGAAAAAAGGUCAACUGAUAGGCAUUUUCGACACUGCGGCUGAUCUUUCGAUCCGACCCACGACCGAGCCAAGCCCGCGUCUACAGACUCGCCUGAAAGACUACCAACUCAAAGCUCUCACAUUCAUGAGCGAAAAGGAAUGCACCAACGUUGAGAGUCCUCAAUGUCCUUCGCUCUGGGUUGCACGGGAUGCAUCCAAUGGCAAAGACGGGGCUGAUGUUGUGCCCAUUUGUGCUGGAGGCAUUCUUGCUGAUGUGAGAGGACCGUCGCAUCCUCACUUUGCUUACCAUGCAGAGCUGACCAAGUUUAAUUCACAGGAGAUGGGACUUGGUAAAACACUCUGCGUCCUAUCCCUCAUUUGCUGGUCGCUGGACUCGUUACGAAAUGCAGAGGCUCAAGAGAACGGUUCUGAGUCACUUACAACAUUAGUUGUCAUACCCAAGAGCAUGAUUCCUGGCUGGCAAGCCCAGAUCGCAAGGCACAUGAUGCCAGGUCAGAUCCGUGUUGCCUGUUAUCAUGGAACUGGUAGGCAAAAUAUUGUCAGGCAGUUCCGAGAUAAUGAUAUUGUCCUGACAACGUAUCAGACCUUGAGAUCUGAGUGGACUAACACGGGUCCCUUAUUUAGAGAGCCAUGGUUCCGUGUUGUCCUAGAUGAAGGUCAGUAUUGUCAUCUUACCACCUUGUAUAUGAGGUUAAUGGUAGCAGCCCAUCGCAUCGGUAACAGGUCAACUCAAGUCUUUCAGGCCGCAUGUGAGCUUCAAUCGCUUAGGCGCUGGUGUCUCUCGGGAACUCCUAUUGUGAACUCCAUUGAUAACUACGGAGCAUUACUGGCCUUCAUCAAGAUGAAUCCUCUGGAUGUAAAGUCCAGAUUCGAUCAUUGGAUAACCAAUUCGAUUCGAGAUAAUGAACAAGAAGGCCUUCGAAAGCUCCGGACCCUAGUUGAAGCAACGUGCCUCCGUAGGACAAAAUCUAGCAUUUCGCAGGCCCUCCCUCCUCCAACAAUUCACGAAGAAAAGGUCGAGCUACAUCCCUAUGACCGCGCUCUUUACGAUUUCUUCGAAUCAGAAGCAGCAAAAAACGCCGCCGAUUCUUCCAAAAGCAAUCGUGCCAACCCCUCAGCGACAGGUAGAGAAAAGAAGAAUGUUUUGUCUCUAAUCCAGAAUCUUCGCCGGAUUUGUGAUCAUGGAGAGGAUCUUCUACCUGCUUCGGAAAUUGAAGCUUGGAAUUUGCAGAGAUUGCAAACGCCAAGUAUGCAUGCUAGACAGCAGGCUGGAACGACUUAUAGUGUUGAUUCAUACGGCGAAACAUUACCAUCUGCUAAGGUGCAAAAAUUGAUACAAAAGCUUCGAUUAGAACAAAAAAGCAACUUGGAAGAAUCCUCAUUUCCACCAGUAAAAAGUGUGGUUUUCAGCUACUGGACAAAGAUGCUCGAUCUUGUACAAAAAGCUCUUUUCGAGGCUAACAUCUUUUGUGAAAGAAUCGAUGGCCAGUACUCCAUUAAACAACGAGAGAAGGCGCUGUCUAGAUUUGCAAACGACCCUUUCUGUACUGUAAUGUUGGCCACCCUUGGGAGUGGCGGCGAAGGCAUUGAUCUAACCUCAGCUAAUCAUGUACAUCUUCUUGAGCCUCAUUGGAACCCCAUGGCGGAAGAGCAAGCCAUUGCACGUGUUCAUAGGAUCGGCCAACAGCGGCACGUCACGGCCACCAAGUAUACCACUCCAGACUCAAUCGAGGAGUAUGUUCAAAGCAUUCAAAUUAAAAAAACGCAGCUUAUUCAGGAUACUUGGAGUGUCAAUGAUGAAUCUAGAGGGAAUCUUAUUGACAAUGAGAGUUCAAGGAAGCUUGAGGAAUGGCUUGCUCGGAAAAGUGAUAUGUACAUCUAA